AUGGAUUCAGCGUGGAGCUGUAUUAUGUGCUUCAUGACACACAAGCCUAUAAACGACGUCUAACCUCAAGAGAGCUCCCCUCUUUCCAUGUCUCAUAUCUGUGCUUUCAUUUGGGACAAGCCUCAUAAUUUUCGCCUGGCUUCCCUCGAAAGUGCGCCACAAUAUUCCGUAUCUUCAAGAUUUGUCGUCGCUUCCCCCGAAGUCCAACGAGACACCGUUUAACGGGAGGCAGUGUAUCACCAUAGCGAUCUCACGAUCCAUGUCACCAUCUCACACAGAAGCCGACGGAAUCACAGAUUAAAAUCUCUCUUCAUUUCCUAUCAUUUAUAGGAGGAUAUGGUAUUUACAGAGGCUUUUAUGAUAUCGGAGUCUCAGGUUCAGGAAAUCGACUUUAAAAUCUGCGUUGACAGGUCUCUAAUCUUAAACUAGGAAGCAUCAUUCAAGAAAGACUUCAGUUUUCAUCAACUUCACAUUACAAUUUUUACAAACCCUAUCUUUACUUCAAUUUUUCAAGAACACAUCAGCUAACUUUAUUCUUUAGUCAUAUCUUCCUUUGGUUACUUUAAACAGUGGGUUCUGAUUUGAAGGCUUGUCUUCGCUCUGUCGCUUCUGGCCUAGGAGAAAGUUCUUUGUUCAAGGCGAGAUUUCGACACCAGUGAACUUCGGCUGUCGUUGAACUUUUUGUGGCUAUACUUACUUAGUAACCUCAUUAAAAUCAGCAAGACAUAACCUCUGGGGACAUUUCCUUGUUGCUACAAGUACGUGCCUAUUUGCUUUAAGCAUAGCCAUUACAUAUCUAGCCUCCAGCGAAAAGCUAAUUAGUUGCUAUUCUCAGAAAGUUGAGCUUCUCAAGCAAUAGCGUCUCAUCAACCCACUAAGGAUUUUAUCUUUUGGAAAUAGGAAUAUUGACAAUCAUUUGCUUGAAGUUUUUGAUUUAUUGAGCAUGCUCUUUUCGUUUCAACGAUUUGUCACAUAAUUCUUGAUUCCACUCAUUUUCACCCAGAAAAUGUCUAAAUCUGUGUGAUCCUCUAUAAGUAUCUGACAGCGCCUAGAUCCACAGUGAUAUUUCUGGGGUGUAAUAUCUACAGGAAGUACGAAGGAUACACAUCUGUCAUUUUGUUAUUUGUGCUUAUAACUUGAAGCAACGCCUGUCGUUGUUGCUCUCUGCAUAACUAGAGUUUUAUUGGAAAAUUGUCAAGAUUUGAUUUGAUCGCAUGGUCUGAAACAGUUUGAUUAAUUGCGUUCUGAUGGAUUGCGUUCCUUGUCUCAAGGUGAAGAUAAUUGUAUUGAUUUGGAAAGGAAUUGUAAGAUUGUGCACUUGCUGUUUCUCGGCGGUUAUCCGGAUGUGACGUCAGAGAGCAAGAGCAAGUGAGCAACUAGACAGAGCUUAAUUUUUAGAGCAUUAGCAUGUGAGGUUUCACUGAAUACCCAAGUUUACACAAAUUCAGUUUGAAGGAAAACUUUUUGAAUUUGAAGAGUUGUAGAGGUAAAGGCUGGUAGUACAUUUCAACAUGGCAAACAAAAAUUCAAACGCAUGUACGACGGACAACGAUCCCGAUCCGUUUGCAGAACUGGAAAUGUGGGUCAAAAGGUUAACGAAUUAUGACAUCACGUCGUCAUUCAGCCCUUCCCUGGACAUCAUCCCGGAGAAGAAGUCGCCGCAGAUCGACGAAACAGACCAGGACUAUGAGUUCCUGGACGAAUUUGAAGAGGUCGAGAGUCGACUGGCCGAGUUGACCUUUGAACUUUCACCUGUGGUUGUGGAAGGUGAACUUUCACCUUUGAUUGUGGAAGAUGAACAUGAUAAAGAUAGUGGGUAUUCUUCUAUUUACAGUGAGGGACAAUUGCCGAGCCCGGGCGGAUUAUCAGGAAAGGGCGGCCUCAACGGCAGCGUAACGCCGCCAACACUCAGCGGGAGAAGCACACCCUCAAAUUUCUACUACACACAGAAGUUAUCACCCUAUGGCAGCUCAAGUUCAUUAGCUGAUCCCAGCGUAGAACAUGUUCGCUUUGUCAAGGAUCUGUCAGCCUGGUGGUACAAGCCUAGCAUAACAAGGGACGAUGCAAUCAAUAUUUUGAAGGACAGACCUCCUGGAACGUUUAUCGUAAGAGACAGCAAUUCCUUCCCAGGGGCGUUUGGUUUAGCACUGAAAGUAGCACAGGUACCAGCGAACACGACACCAAGAAAAGGUGGUGACCCACAGAGUGAAUUGGUGAGGCAUUUCUUGAUCGAGCCCAACGCCAGAGGGGUGCGGCUGAAGGGGUGCGUCAAUGAGCCCGUCUUCAGUAGCUUAUCGGCACUCAUCUACCAGCACACCCUGACUCAGUUGGCCUUACCCAUCAAGCUCGUCCUACCAGAUAUGGGUGAUAAAAACUCUUCGGCAUCUCUUGAUUAUUCAACAGGCGCUGAUGCCACUGACUCCACUCUGGAUCCCAAGUCAGCAGCAUCGUUAUUACAUCAGGGAGCAGCAUGCAAAGUGUUGUACAUAGACAGUGUGGACAUGGAAUCGUUGACUGGAUCAGAAUCUGUACGGGAAGGCUUGACUAAGACGUUGAGUGCCAAGAAGAAACCUGAGCCCGUCGUCGUGCACUUCAAGGUGUCCUCAAAGGGCAUCACACUCACAGAUACGCAGAGAAAGUUAUUCUUCAGAAAGCACUACCCUGUCAAGUCUAUCCUGUUCUGUGGAAUGGACCCACUCGCAAGAAAAUACCCGAGGAGAGAAGGGCAAGAAGUUGCUGAAGCAAAAAUCUUUGGAUUCGUUGCCCGCAAACCAGGCAGCCUGACAGACAACCAGUGCCAUCUCUUCGCUGAUUGGGAGGUCGAACAACCCGCCUCUGCCAUCGUCAGCUUCGUUACCAAGGUGAUGCUAGGCUCCUCCUCCAAAACAUCGGUCAAGACGCCCUGAGCAGACGAGGAGGAGAGGGGCCGGCGCAAAGAGGAAGACUUCCUGCAUGGAGAUUGGUGCUGAUAAACUCUGCUUCUGUAAUAAUGGACUAUAGAGGGAGCCAGUCAAUGCAAUGCAUGCAUGAAUUGGGUCUCAUAGCAUGCUGUAUAUCAUUUUAUUUUUAAAAAGCUAUACAAUCGAUUUCAUGAAAUGAAAAGUUAAUAAGUCGAUCAAAAAGUUCAGCAGUUUAAAUUUUGAAAUAAUCAUGCAACAUCAUGAGCAAAGGAUGUUUUAUCAUGCUUUUUUAAAUAUUUGGCACUUUUUAAAGGAGCACAACCAAGUGAAUAAAUUUUAAUGAAUUUUAAUGAAUUUGAGAUGUGAUAUGGAAUGAAUUCAAUUGCCUUGAUUCUGUAAAUGAAAUAAAUUUUGAAGCACAUUUUUUAAUGCUCUCAAAUCUGUACAGUUUUUAUGAAAUUUACAAUCGAUGAAAAUUCAUCUUAGUAUUUAUUGAUAGUAUUUGCAGGUAUUUUCUAGGAUAAUUGAAGAGAAUUUUCAUUAUUUUUGUGUAUUAAAAUGAGUGAUGAAUUUUAAGAGGAAUAUGUCUUAUGUUGAUGAUGUCUUGUGUGGAUAGACUUGUCGAUGUUCAUGUUAGCCGUUGUUAUCUAGCCUUUCGACAAUGAAUCGUGUUUGAACAGUAUGAAACUCAGAUUGGACAAACUACAGAGCCUGAUCCCACAGAUUCAUGCAAUAUCUCUCUCUCUCUGCAGUGUACAGCCCCUUUGAGUACAUAUAGUAUGAAUUUACUCUUUUUAAGACAGGUAUAGUGAAACCUGUCUAUAAAGACCGCUCAAGGGAGACAAGAAAAGCAGUCUUCAUAGGAACGUGGUCUCUAUAUACUACCUUGUAGUUCCUUUAGUACACAUUUCAAUGAGAAACUCUUUUCAAGGGAAACAGAAAAUGUGGUCUUUCUAUACAGGUGGUCACUAGAGCAGGUUUGAUUGUCCCUGUUGAUGCAUAAAUUGUAUGAUCUCGACAACUCUAGCAGGGGAAACCUGAUUGUGGAGCCAGGCUUAAUAUAGACUCUGUUGUAUGUUUUUGCAUGUCAACUUUUUCUAUAAAUGUUGAACAUUUUGAAACAAGAGUAACAAAUACCAAGAAAGCAAGCAAACCAACUGUGAUUUACAGUGGUAUGAGGCAGUUAAAGAGGCUAUGUAUAUUCUAGUGGGUUUUUUAGGAGUGGAUUUUCUUUUUCAUUUCAUAAAACAUAUAGAAAUUUUGACCUGUAAGUAUAACCCCCUCCACAAAAAAAAUAUUGCAUGAUUCUAUAUCAAUGUAAUUUUAUAUGAGAUUGUUCUUCUAUAGGAUGUUUUCUUGCUGUACUUUAAAAAAAAAUAUGCAUGGCAUUGUUUUGAUUUUGUUCUUAUAUCUGAAGAAAACAUAACAAAAAUGAUUUGACUAUAUAUAUGUUUCAUAUGUACUUGAAAACACUGUCAUACAAUCAGAUUCAUUGAAAUGGUUUGUAUUCAUAGAAGAGUAUCAUAGCAAGACUAAUUUGGGAGUUCACAGAUGGGGUCAAUGAACUUUAACAAAACAACACUGAUUAAAACACCUUCAUGCAUGGAUUGUUUGAAACUAAACAAAAUUGAUUUCAAAAUGAUACCAAAAACACAAGUCUGAAUAUUUUGUUUGUGUAUUCAUUUUUAGUCAGUUAGUUUUGCAUUUUCAAGAAAAUUAUAAAACAAAAACUAUUUUUCAAAAAACCAAAAAAAUUAAAUUGCAAUUUGUUUGCAUCACAUAUUUUUAGGUAAAUUACUGGUUAUCAAUUUUAUAUUAAUUGAUAGAUUUUAUAUUAUGUGCUUUGUUUUUUCCUUCAAGUAUAAACAUGUAAUAUUUACAACUCAUUGUAUGGUUUAUGAAUGAAAUGAAGGAAAAAUCAAUGUUUCUUUUGUAUGUUGUAUUUAUGAGCUCCCAAGUGCCAAGUUUUUUGAGCAAUUUAUUUGUGAAUAAUUUAUCUGCGUGUUCUCUCUAUCUCUCUUCUUAUAUCUUAUAUUUAUUAAAAACUUUAUGUACAAAAAUACAAAGUUUUUAGCUGCAUAUGUAUUCAUGGUAGUGCAUUAUGCAUUUGUCUAUGUCAUUUAUAUUUUUACUGCUACAAAACUCCCUACUUGUCUCUUACCAUAAUUUUCCAUUAUCAAACAAAACUAUUCAGCCAUGCUUUGGUAUACAGUUCCUUAUUAUUAACUCUGACAGAAAACCUUUGAAGUAUUCAUUACGGUAAUAUUGAAAUUACUAAAUUAUUCAACUGGUGUUUAAAUGGUGAAAAGCUUUUUAAAUCAUUUUUAAAAUUCAAAUUGGCAGAUUUCUCUCAAUUCAAUGCAGUUGGCUACCCACAGAGAAAUCAAUUAGGAUUUUGCCAUAUUUCUCUAUUUAUCUAGUUAUGCAAUAUUAAAGUCUGACAUCAGUGAUAUCAGCUGUCAUGGUUGAGCUUGAUAUAUGUACAAAAUCUGUACUAUUUAAAACUUAAAACAAGUAUGCUUUUUAAAGUGAUUGUAUCUCUUUCAGAAAGUACAGGUUCUUAACAAAAUGGAAGAAUAAAUGAAAUUCUUGUUCUCAAGUGGCCAGAUGCCGCCAUUCUGUCCGACAUAAUAACUAGAACAAAACUGCAAUUAUUAAAUUCCUUUUGAGCUCCAAAUUGUUCAUAAUAAAACAAUUAAACUAUACACAAUGGGAGUAGGACACAAUUUCUUAGUUAAUAAAUAUAGAGACAGAGACAGUAUAUAUAUAUUAUAUAUAAAUAUGAAUAUUUUUCAAUAUGUUAUUUGCUUCUGCAUGAGUAUUGUAGUGGUAUAUAUAUGUCUGUACAUUCUUGUAUUUUGUAAUAUAUGUGUGUUUGGAUGUACAGUACGAAGAACUUGUCAGAGUCUUUGUAAACUUGGAAUCAUGAUCAUUGUUUUUUUCCAUUGCAUAUAAUAGGUCCCACCAUGCCAUGACUCUUACAAAACAGAAUUCAGACAAUAUUGAAAAUUGAUCUUGAAAUGUAAUUAUUCUAAUUCUCAUGACAUUAAGUCUUAGAUUAGACCAUGCUAAUUGCAUUACAGGUAUGCCUCCUAUACUAAAGAGAAAUACAACACGAAUUUGAAGAAAAACAAUUGUUUGAAAACUCAAUUUUUUUUUAUGAUUCAUCAAUUGCCAAAUUUAGCCAACUCGAUAUUGAAUUAAAAUAAACUUUGACAGUACGCAAUAAAUGAUUCUCAAUUAUUAUGAAUGAACCUUCAUUUGGUAUUUCACCAUAAUGGCCUAAGCUGUCACAGGCCUGUACGAGAACCUGGAAUUAUAACUUCAAAAGAAUGUUGGUAUGAUGUUAACUUUAAUAUUGCAUUACUGUGCAAAAUCUGAGAAUGGAAAAUUAUUCUGCUCAAUCUUAUAUAUUUAAAUAACAUUCAAAUAAAAUGCAUUAUAGCUAUUGCCAUGGAGAAUUAUUAGUAUGCAUCUGAUGAAAUGUAAGGUAUCACAUGUUUUGCAUGUCUGAAUGGAAAUAUGACAGUCUUGUUAUACACACAGUACAAGAAUGUAAUAAAAGUUGUUCAACUUUA